UGAGGGCUAGACAUUUCAGGCGUCAACUAGGAACUCCCAGGGGCUCAAUGAUGAAGCUGGAAGAUAAGCCGAUGGGCAAAGAAAGCCUGGAAGGAACGAGUCAGCCACUCCUAGGUGAGAGGCACCUGGCCAACGGGAAGUCGGCAGCAAAUGGGACAGCCACGGGUUCCGAAAAGCAGAAGACAAGCGGGUCGUGCAGUGCGCCCAGAAAAAGCCACCACACGUACAGCUGGCAGGAGAUCCAGAGACACAGCCAGGAGGCGGACCAGUGGCUGGUGGUGGAUCGCAAGGUGUACAACGUCACGGACUGGGCCGCCAGGCACCCAGGUGGGCGCAAGGUUCUCAACCACUACGCCGGGGAGGACGCCACGGAUGCCUUCAGAGCCAUGCACCCAGAGCCGGACAUCAUGCGAUUGUACCUGAAGCCCCUGCUCGUCGGAGAGCUUGCCCCAGAGGAGCCCAGCCAGGAGAGAAACAAAAAUCCCCAGCUGGUGGCAGAUUUCCAAGAAUUGCGGCGGUCUUGCGAGGCCAUGAACAUGUUUGACGCCAACCUGGGCUUCUUCUCCCUCCACCUGCUCCAGAUCUUGGUUUUGGAAGCCCUGGCUUGGCUAAUCUUGUGGCAUUUUGGCAACAGCUGGUCUACCAUACCAGUCAUUUCGGUUCUUCUGACAAUUUCUCAGGCUCAGAGCUCCUUCCUGCAGCAUGACACGGGACACCUUUCGGUAUUUAGGAAGUCCAAGUGGAACCACCUGGUGCACAAAUUUGUGAUGUGUCAUCUCAAGGGCCUCUCAACCAACUGGUGGAAUCAUCGACACUUCCAGCAUCAUGUCAAACCCAACAUCUACCCCAAAGACCCAGAUAUUAAUGUGGGCCCACUGUUUCUGGUUGGAGAUUUGCAACCAAUCAAGUAUGGCAAGAAGAAAAUCAAAUACAUUGACUAUGAGAAGCAGCACCUGUACUUCUACAUGGUUGGACUUCCCCUCCUCAUGCCUAUAUAUUUCAACCUACAAUCUAUGCAAGAGAUGUACCUCCGGAGGUAUUGGGCGGACAUUGUUUGGGUCAGUAGUUUUUACAUCCGCUAUUUCAUCACAUAUGGCCCUUUCUAUGGAAUCUUUGGAACAAUCGUGCUCAUAUUUUGGAUCAAGGUUCUUGAAAGUCCCUGGAUUGCAUAUGUUACCCAGAUGAGUCACAUACCAAUGAAAAUGAGCAAUGAGGAGAACCGGGACUGGCUCAGCACUCAGGUCUUGGGCACUUGUAAUGUUGAGCAGUCCUUUUUCAACGACUGGUUCACGGGACACCUGAAUUUCCAAAUCGAGCACCAUCUGUUCCCCACAAUGCCGCGCCAUAAUUAUCACCGGGUGGCACCUUUGGUGAGGUCGCUGUGUGCCAAGCACGGACUGCCAUACGUGAACAAGCCCAUGUUGAAGGCAUUUGGAGAUAUCGCCAGGGCUUUGAAGAAAUCCGCAGCCCUCUGGGCCGACAUCUACUAUGAAACCUAAGGCAUGCGCCAUCCUGGACAUGUAAAU